AUGAAAGGUGAAAUAAAUGUUAUUAAGACUUUGAUUAUGAAUGAUACUCCAAGUGCCUACUACAUACAUUGUUUUGCUCAUCAACUUCAACUAACACUAGUUGUCGUUGCUAAAAAGAAUGAUAGUUGUGGUUGGCUUUUUGAGAUACUUGCAAAUUUAUUGAAUGUGGUUGGAGUUUCUUGCAAGAGAAGAGAAAUGAUUCGACAAGAUCAAGCUCAAGAAGUUGUUCGAGCAUUGGAUGUAGGGGGUAAUGUGAGUGGAUCGGGUUUAAAUCAAGAACUUGGUUUGAAAAGGCCCGGGGAUACUCAUUGGAGUUCUCAUUACAAGUCUCUUUCAAACAUCAUCCUCUUAUUUCCUACAAUUGUGAAGAAAGGAGCAAAAAUUGUAAAUGCCAUGGAACUUGUCACUUACACAAAAAUGGUGUUGCAAAAAAUGAGGGAGCAAGGAUGGGAUACUCUCUUAAACAAGGUAACUUCAUUUUGUGCUAAACAUGGUAUUGUUGUUGCCACUAUGGAUUCUCCUUAUGUUCCUCAAGGAAGAUCAAGAUGUUUUGUUGAAGAAGCAACAAAUCAACAUCAUUUUCGGGUUGGAAUUUUUUUAAGAGUGAUUGAUUUGCUUCUUCAAGAACUUGAUGAUCGAUUUAAUGAGAGGAAUAUGGAGAUACUAAUAUGUAUGGCUUGUUUAAGUCCUAAAGAUAACUUCUCAUCCUUUGAUAAAGAUAAGGUACUUAAACUUUCCUCUUUUUAUCCCGAAGAAUUUUCAAGCUUUGAUUUGAUGACUCUUAAAUGUCAACUUGAUAUAUUCAUGGAGAAUAUGCUAAAUGUUGAAAGAUUUCAAGCCAUGUUGUUGGUUUUCUGGGGAGCUGUGAUGCUGAGCUGCUGUGUUGCUAGGCUGGUUCUUGGUGGUGAUGCAGAUGUGUCUGUUUUCUAUGCAGACUGA